AUGAAAGGUUUCUUAAUUAUCGCCUUGUUGGCGAUUGCAACAACAGCUAUAGCCAGCGAAAUAGAAUUCGAUCCAUUAUCAUUUUUAGAGGGAGAUUUUAUGUCAGAUUUCACAUCGGACGAAGAUUCCUCAUCAAAUUUAGCAUCAGAGAAUAAUUUAGAUAAAAAACCAGAUGAAAGUUCUUCUAAAGACUCUUCAAGUACAACUUUGACGCCAACUAAGGAAGUUGACCCUGCAAUUAAUGCUACAGCAGAUUCGACCAGAAAAUCAACACCAAAACCGGAGGUUGAUCCAACUGCAGACUCAACCACAAAUUCGGAAGCGCAGCCGGAGGUUGACCCAACCGUAGAUUCAACCACAAAUUCCAAGCCACAACCAGAGGUUGAUCCAAUAGAAGAUUCAACCACAACUACAGAUAAUCCAUCAACAUUCACAAACCCAACAGAUGAUCCAACCACAACUGAAGACCCAAACCCAACAGAUGAUCCAAAUCCUACAGAUGAUCCAAAACCUACUGAUGACCCUAAACCUUCCCCUGGACCCGAACCAAGUCCUUGGUGGAAAUAUUGUAAAGGAAAACCAUUGGGCAAAAGAAUCAAUCAUCCUGACACAUGUGAAAAAUUUAUAACUUGUAUUGGUGGUGGUGUAGUCCAAGAUUGCCCGCCUACUACACACUUUAAUAAAAAACUAGAUGUUUGUGAUUUCCCGGAACGUGCAGGAUGUGAAACUGGACCCAUUCCUACUGAUGAUCCAAAUCCUACAGAGGACCCAGAUCCUACCGAUGAUCCCAAUCCGACUCCCGGGCCAGGACCAAGCCCUUGGUGGAAAUAUUGUAAAGGAAGACCAUUGGGCAAAAGAAUCAAUCAUCCUGACACAUGUGGAAAAUUUAUAACUUGUAUUGGUGGUGGUGUAGUCCAAGAUUGCCCGCCUACUACACACUUUAAUAAAAAAUUAGAAGUUUGUGAUUUCCCGGAACGUGCAGGAUGUGAAACCGGACCCAAUCCUACUGAUGAUCCAAAUCCUACAGAGGACCCAAAUCCUACCGAUGAUCCCAACCCGACUCCCGGGCCAGGACCAAGCCCUUGGUGGAAAUAUUGUAAAGGAAGACCAUUGGGCAAAAGAAUCAAUCAUCCUGACACAUGUGGAAAAUUUAUAACUUGUAUUGGUGGUGGUGUAGUCCAAGAUUGCCCGCCUACUACACACUUUAAUAAAAAAUUAGAAGUUUGUGAUUUCCCGGAACGUGCAGGAUGUGAAACUGGACCAAAUCCAACUGAUGACCCAAAUCCUACAGAGGACCCAAAUCCUACCGAUGAUCCCAACCCAACUCCCGGGCCAGGACCAAGCCCUUGGUGGAAAUAUUGUAAAGGAAGACCAUUGGGCAAAAGAAUCAAUCAUCCUGACACAUGUGGAAAAUUUAUAACUUGUAUUGGUGGUGGUGUAGUCCAAGAUUGCCCGCCUACUACACACUUUAAUAAAAAAUUAGAAGUUUGUGAUUUCCCGGAACGUGCAGGAUGUGAAACUGGACCCAAUCCUACUGAUGAUCCAAAUCCUACAGAGGACCCAAAUCCUACCGAUGAUCCCAACCCGACUACCGAGCCAGGACCAAACCCUUGGUGGGAAUUAUGUAAAGGAAGACCAUUGGGCAAAAGAAUCAAUCAUCCUGAGACUUGUGGGAAAUUUAUAACUUGUGUUGGUGGUGGUGUAGUCCAAGAUUGUCCGCCUACUACACACUUUAAUAAAGAAUUAGAAGUUUGUGAUUUUCCGGAAAGUGCAGGAUGUGAAGGAGAUAUAUUUGAAUUUUCGAACCUAUAUGACUUUUCUGCAGGUGAAAAUGAAUCUUCAUUGGAAAAACAUGACCAUGAAUAUUCAAAUGAAAAUUCUAAUGAAAGUGAAUCGUCUUCAAUAGAAAAUGAAUCAACUGCAAAUGAGAGUGAAUCUUUUGAAGAGUUUGAAGUGAGUUCUAUAUUUUGGGCGAAAUAUUGUAAAGAUCAACCAUUUGGGAAGUAUGUUCCUCAUCCUAAUACAUCUGCAAAAUUUAUUAUAUGUACCGACAAUGCCGAAAUUAUGGACUGUCCUCCAGGAUCUUAUUUCAAUGGGGAAUUGGAGGUGUGUCUUUUAGUUUUCGCUAUUUUUGCUGUAACAACAUCUGUAGUAUUUGGUGAUGUAGGAGGCGUAUGCAAGGGUCAACGUUUAGGAAAACGUGUAAAUCAUCCUAAUAGUUGUGAUAAAUUCGUAGUAUGUAUUGGUGGUGGAGUAGUUGUAAAUUGUCCACAAGGAACACAUUUCAAUAAAGAUUUAGAAGUUUGUGAUUGGUUAGAACGUGCUGGUUGCGAUGAUAGUGGCUCAUUUGCACCAAAUACUGAUUUAUAUGAUCCAUUUGUAUCACCAAAUAAACCAACAGUAUAUAAACCACCCGUAUAUAAACCAACAUUAUCUGAUCAAGCUGGUUCACAAAAUCAAAAACCACAAUCAAAUCCAUCACCAUUCGCGGAAGCAUGUAGAGGUUUACCACUUGGUAAAAGAAUAAACCAUCCAGAAUCAUGUGAAAAGUUUGUUGUAUGCAUUGGUGGUGGUGUAUCACAAAAUUGUCCACCAGGAACACAUUUUAGUAAAAGAUAUGAAGUUUGUGAUUGGAUUGAACGUGCUGAAUGUGCUUAA